UACAGUAUACGAGAGCUCCGCGAGUUCUAUAAUACACGAGCGACGUGCGAGUGUGUACACAUUACGAGAGUGCGGCGCAGCCGGCGUCGUCCGUUCCUUCCUUCGGCCGCAGUAGUCGCCGACGACGACGCCGCCGACAGCAGCAGCAGCAGUGAAGCUCUAUCGCUCGAAACGCGUGCCGCGCUACAGUGCAUCACUGCCACUGCUCUCUGCAGCUUACUUUGCUUCUAUUCUACUUGCUAUACAUACGUCUCGUGACAUGCGUAGACGAUUUUGACUCGUGCGCUCGAGUUCCGACCGACCGAUCGCUGCGCGGCUUUUCACAGAGGCAUUUUUUUGGCGAUCCUCGCGCAAUUGGCUGUGUACGCGCGGGCCCCGCGACCUCGAGUGCGUGCAGUGCGGAUAUUCUCUCGACGUUGACGAACAAGAGAGCAGCAGCAGUGUAUCGAGCUCUUGCUUCGUCGAGUUACCAUAGCAGAGGCGGCAGUGGGCAUUUUUAUUCGGUCGAAUAGUUCAAAAGUUUCGAAAAUUUGUCGAUCAAAAGGAUCUUGUGCCUCUCGGAUUCGUUGGUCCGAGAAGUCAGACUGGCGUCUCCCAAGGAGUAGGCCUCGCUUGAUCCGAAUACUGGUAAUGAGCAACAAGACUCGGCGAAAGACUCGGAGCUUCGUGCUGCAGCUGCUUCAACGCUGACGCGAAACGACGCCGCGAGACGCACACAAAAAACAGCGUGAAAGUGAAAACAAGUGCCAUUUCGAACCAACGUUCGAAGCUUAUUAUUAUCUUUUUUUUAUUCUUUGACGUUCGAUCGUAAAAAAUCGAUAACCCAAGGCGUAAUGACUAGCAUCAAUGAUCUGAAAGAUGUGAAAAACUUCGGAUUGACUUGUCAGAAAAUUCAAGAUAGCCAAGAUGAACAAAUGACCGCAUAUGGAUACGAGCGCAAUUGGGCCAGGACGACGGCGACUUGGCUCGCCUGUCUACUUAGCGCUGGCAUUCUGCGCCUCUUUUUCCACUGGUAUCCGCAUCUCUACUUGUACGCGACUCAUCGCAGCUGCGGCCUGAGUCGCGCCACCAAAAUACUCAUUGUGGACGAUUAUCAAGGCAAAUACAAGUCUUAUACUGUUAAGGAAAUAAAGAUAGUAUCAACUCGUAAUUUGAGUUCCGACACGCUGAGACGGCGCUCGGUGGACACGGACAAGGAUCUGCUGGAGAAGAUACGCAACCGGCCGCUGGAGCUCAACUUGGAAAAUGGUUGCAAGCAGCUCGUGCUCGAUUACAAGGCCUUCUGGUGCAAAAAGCAGUGCUACGUCUGGGACGAGGAGCUGGCCGAAUUUUCCAAGCUGGCGAGUCUUGAGAGGCACGCUCGCUGCAAAGAUCUGCACAGCGACAAGAUCAAGGGACUGUCUCGCGAGGAGCAGCUCUUACGACGCAUCAUGUACGGCUUCAACGAGAUUCUUGUACCAGUCCAAGGCUACGAGGUCCUGUUUUUUCUCGAGAUCCUGAAUCCGUUCUACGUCUUCCAAGUGUUCAGCCUGUUCGUGUGGUUUUUGGAGGAGUACUACCAGUACGCCAUAGCGGUCAUGUGCAUGUCCAUCUGCGGCAUCAUCACGUCGAUUCGGCAGACUCGAGCGAAUCAAGUGAGCCUGAGGAACACCGUGGCCCAGACCGAGAGCGUGAGAGUGCUGCGGAGCAGCGGCGACUUCGAGACCGUCUCCAGCGACGAAUUGGUGCCCGGCGACAUAAUCGAGCUGCCGCGGCACAGAGCCGUAAUCGCCUGCGACGCCAUCCUAUUGACCGGCACGUGCGUCGUCAACGAGUCCAUGCUAACAGGCGAGUCCGUGCCGGUGACCAAGACGCCCCUCCAGCCGAACGAUCAUCUCUACGAUUCCCGAGAACAUGCCUAUCACACCUUGUUCAGCGGCACCACCAUCAUACAGUCCAAACAAUACGGAGACAAGCCCGUCCUGGCCAAAAUCAUCAGAACGGGACUGUGGACCAACAAGGGCUCGCUCGUUUGCGCCAUCAUGUACCCACCACCGGCGGAUUUCAAAUUCGACCAGGACUCCUACAAGCUCAUCGCCAUUCUCAUCUCGGUCGCGUUCGUUGGAUUCUUCUACACGCUGGCCAUCAUGAUCCAGCGAGGCAACAGCGCGCUCAACAUCGUCAUCAAGACUCUGACCGUGUUCACGAUCGUCGUGCCACCGGCUCUGCCCUCGGUCAUGGCAGUCGGCAAGAUGUACGCCAUUUUCCGCCUCAAGGGCAAACAGAUCUACUGCAUCAACACUCGUGCCAUCAACAUAUCCGGAAGCAUCGAUUGCGUUUGCUUCGACAAGACCGGCACUUUGACCGAGGACGGACUGGACAUGAUGGGGGUGGCGAUUCGCGACGGCAACGUCCUGCUCGAGCCCGAGAAAGACGUGAGGAGGAUCGAGGGCACGAGCAUGUUCCAGGGGAUGCUCACCUGCCACAGUCUGACGUUGAUCGACGAAGAGCUCAGCGGCGAUCCUCUCGAUAUCAAGAUGUUCGAGAGCACCGGAUGGCAACUAGACGAUCGCGAUCUGCGAGAUCCGCAGGCUCUGCGCUCGGAACAGGUGUUGGCCGUCGUUCGUCCAUCCCCGAGCAAGGACGAGAGCGACUUGGAAAAUUCUCCUUGCUUGGAGAUCAUUCAGCAGUAUCAAUUCUCCAGCACGUUGCAGCGCAUGUCGGCCAUUGCCAGGCUGCCCCAGGAGAACGAUCGAUUCGUGGCCUUUACCAAGGGCUCGCCCGAAAUGGUCCUGAGUCUCAGCCGGCCUGAGACCGUACCCCAGGACCUAGCCUUGAACUUGAAGCUCUACACCGAGCAGGGCUACAGGGUCAUCGCUCUGGCUCGUAAGGACAUUCAAGUUAGCGCCAAAGAGGUACAUAAAAUUCCACGCGACGAGAUAGAGAAAGAUCUGGAGUUUCUCGGCCUGAUAAUAUUGGAAAACCGUUUGAAGAAGCCAACGAUCGGGGUAAUAAAGGAUCUGCGCGAGGCCAAUGUCAAAACAAUCAUGAUAACCGGUGACAAUAUACAGACGGCGAUUAGCGUGGCCAAAGAGUGCGGAAUUCUCUCGUACCGGGAAACUGUGAUAAACGUAUCGGUCGUGCCUUGCGCACAGGAUAAAAAUCGCACCGAAAUAUUUUUCAAUGCGCAGGGACUACCGAUGCUGGAAAAGAAAAUGAGCCUGUCGAUGCUAGGUGACUUGGAAUACGGCAGCUAUCCGAACGAUUACAAGCUCGCUCUGACGGGCGACACUUGGCAAUUAUUGCGAGAACACCACGCCGAACUGCUGCCGCGAAUAUGCACCAAAGGGGUCGUUUUCGCCAGAAUGAGCAGCGAUCAGAAGCAGCAACUCGUCGUCGAGCUAAUGCAACUUGGCUAUCACGUUGCGAUGUGCGGCGACGGGGCCAACGAUUGCGGGGCCCUCAGAGCGGCGCACGUGGGCAUCUCCCUGUCCGAGGCGGAAUCGAGCGUGGCGAGUCCAUUCACAUCGAGGGUACCGGACAUUCGCUGCGUGCCGACGGUGAUCCAGCAGGGCCGGGCGGCCCUCGUCACGUCCUUCGGCAUCUUCAAGUUCACGGUCUGCUACUCGCUCACCGAGUUCAUCAGCACCAUCAUCCUCUACACCAUCAGCUCGAAUUUCACGGACUUGCAAUUUCUCUACGUGGACAUUCUGCUCUUCGUCAAUUUCGCCUUCUUCUUCGGCAAGACCGAGGCCUACGAGGGCAAAUUGGCGCGGACUCCGCCGACCUCGAGCCUCGUCAGUUUCACGCCUCUCUUCUCCAUCGCGAUGCACACCGUCUUCAUAGCUGUUUUCGAAUUGGUCGCCUUCUACGCGACUCAAGAGUUCUCCUGGUUCACGCCCUUCAAGCCGGAAGACGAGUAUCGUUACGACUGUUACGAGAACUACUCCGUCUUCUCUCUAUCCACCUUCCAGUAUGCCAUGCUCGCCAUCGUUUUCUCCAUGGGCAAACCUUAUCGCAAAUCCAUGUUCACUAAUCGAUGGUUUUGCCUGUCCAUCUUCGUGCUGACCUUGCUCAACGUUUACAUCACCAUCUAUCCGGCCAAAUGGGUCAGCGACAUCCUCAAACUACAGAUGCCACCAGCGUACGAUUGGAGAUUCGCGAUUGUAGGAUUGGCGGUGUUGAACUUCGUUAUCUGUCUCGCCUUCGAGGCGUUCAUUGUGGAUUACGUGAUUCAAAAGAAAAUCAAGCCCAGACUGUACAAGCCCGAGAAAUCGAAGAAGCCGUUCUUGCGACUCGAGUACGAAUUGAAGGAGGAUCACAACUGGCCACCGAUAAGCAACGAGCUGCCCCAUUUGCCAGUGACGCCGAGUUACGAGAACAUCGUUAAUACGACGAGGAAAGCCAGUAUUGCCGAGUCGGCCAUCUCCGUGCGCAUCGUUAAUGAAACCGAGACGACGACCCAACGCAAUGCGGCUCGCGCUCUGUCCUGCAUGACUGGCAUCAAUAAUUCUGCAUUCGAGAAUCACAAUGACAUCAACACGGUGGACUAACUCGCCUUUCUAUCAAUAUUUUAUUAUGUUGACAACUGAAUUUAUUCACGAACCAAAAAGUAUCGUAAGAAUCUAGUGAAAUAAAGAGCUUAUUAUAUUACUUGAAUUGAUAUAAUAAACCAAUGGUGUGAUUUUUUUUAUCAAUACUCAACUAAAUAUCUAUUUACUCGAAAAUAGUGAGCCAUUAAAAAUGUUUUAGAUAAAAAAAAA